ACAUUUCGCCAUAUCCUUGUGUUAAAGAUGGCGGCUUCUAUCGAUGGUGUUUUUAAUGAAAAUUUGCAAAAUGCAAUUCUUAAAAGCAAAAUUCUUGUUGUGGGUGCCGGUGGAAUUGGAUGUGAAAUCCUUAAAAAUCUCGUAAUGUCUGGAUUCAUGGAUAUUGAAAUUAUUGAUUUAGACACUAUUGAUGUUAGUAAUUUGAAUAGACAGUUUCUAUUUCAAAAACAACAUGUAGGAAAAUCAAAAGCUGCAGUGGCACGAGAAACUGCAUUAACAUUUAAUCCGGAUGUCAAAAUAGUCCAUUAUCAUGAUAAUAUUACGUCGGCUGAUUAUGGAUUAUCAUUCUUCAAAAAGUUCACAAUGGUAAUGAAUGCUUUAGAUAAUAGAGCCGCCAGAAAUCAUGUAAAUCGUAUGUGUUUGGCUGCUGAUGUUCCAUUAAUUGAAUCAGGCACAGCUGGUUAUGAGGGUCAGGUUGAAUUAAUAAAGAAAGGCCUUAGCCAGUGCUACGAAUGUACGCCAAAAGCUGCACAGAAAACAUUUCCCGGUUGUACAAUUCGUAAUACUCCAAGUGAACCUAUUCACUGCAUUGUCUGGGCAAAACACCUCUUCAACCAAUUAUUUGGAGAAGAAGAUCCAGAUCAAGACGUUUCACCCGAUACAGCAGAUCCAGAAGCGGCUGCCACUGCAGGAGAAGGUGCACUAGAAACAGAAUCUAACGAAAAAGGAAAUGUCGAAAGAACAUCAACACGAUCCUGGGCGCAAUCAUGUGGUUACGAUCCCGAAAAAUUGUUCACAAAACUAUUUCACGAUGACAUUAAGUAUUUAUUAAGUAUGGAUAAUUUGUGGAAAAAGCGAAGACCACCCGCGCCACUUGAAUGGUCCAAUCUCCCCGACGGAGUUGCUGGAUCUAGUAAAGAUGUAAGCGAUCCAGGAUUAAAAGAUCAACAGCGAUGGAGUAUCGCAAGAUGCGGUUCAAUUUUCGCUGAAUCGAUCAAGAAUUUAAGUAAAGAUUUGGCAAAGAAACAAGAAGUAUCUCCCACCGAUCAUCUCGUUUGGGAUAAAGACGAACCGAGCGCAAUGGAUUUUGUAGCUUCCUGUGCUAACAUUCGUGCCCAUAUUUUCGGAAUUCCACAAAAAACAAAAUUCGACAUUAAAUCAAUGGCUGGAAAUAUAAUACCGGCGAUCGCAACGACAAACGCUAUAAUCGCUGGAGUUGUAGUACUUCACGCUUUCCGAAUUCUCGAAGAUAAUUUAAAAGAAUGCAGAUCAGUUUACUUGCGACUAAAAAUGAAUCAUCGAAAUCAACUUCUUGUCGCUGAAAAGUUUGUAAAUCCUCCAAAUCCAAAGUGCUACGUUUGUGCGCCAAUGCCACAAGCAACACUUGCAGCGGACACGACCAAAAUGACUGUCAAAGAAUUAGAGGAGUCGGUACUCAAGGGUAGAAUGAAUAUGAUUGCACCGGACGUUAUGAUUGACGGUAAGGGUGUGGUAGUUAUCAGCAGCGAGGAAGGAGAGACUGAGGAAAACAAUGAUAAACUUUUGAAAGACAUUGGAAUUGUUGAUGGUACAAUUCUCAAAGUUGAUGACUUCAAUCAAAACUAUUCUCUCACUGUGACAGUCGUUCAAAGAGAAAAGCCAACCGCAAAAAGCGAAAGUCCAGAAUUUCUUAUUGUUGCUGACGAUGAAAGUCUCAAACCCAAGGAAGAGACCGAAGAGAAACCCUCCACUUCAAAUGGCCAGCUCGAAACAGUUGACGACGAUGCAGUCGAAAUUGUGGAAACGGAAAUGAUCGUAGAAGUCGAGGCCAAGAAACGAAAGACCGAAUCCAUUGAAAAUGAAUUAAUGGCGAAAAAACGAAAAGUUGAUGUCAAUAAUGGUCACGGUGAGAAGGAUGUAUACACAAUUGAUAGUGGCGAUUCCGAUGACGAGCCACAAAAUGAUGUAACAAUGGAAAAAGUCAUUUCUAAAAAGCACAAAACUUCGAGUGAUGAUGAAUGUUCAAUUAUUUAUGACGACACAAAUAAUAUGUCAAGUCCUAAGAAAGCUAAGACCGCUAAUUAAAAAUCAAUGAAAUUUUGGAUUUUUUUGAGGUAAUAAUAUUUAUCCUGUCGUACUCAAUAACGUCAACUCUGAGGUAAUUAUGCAACAGUCGCAUAUUAUUGAAAUAAUUUCCAAAAAAAAAAAAAAAAUGUUCAACAGCUGGAGUGUACUUUCUUUCUAUUAUGGCCUCUUGCUUAUACAGCAAAAUAGCCAAAUUUUGAAAGCGCGAGUGUAUAUACUUUUUUGCAGCGAUGUGAAUAUUAGAAAUGAUUAAUUUAAUUACACGUUAACUAAUCGUUUCAGUAAAUUACAUUUCAAAUUAGAAUAAUUAAUUGCUCCUGUUCUAGGCAAACUACAGUUUUUUUUUCUUCCUGAGUCAUUCAAAUGAAUAUUAAAAAACAAAUUUUGUUUGAUAGUUUUUGUUCGAUAGACAUAAAGAAAGUAUUCUUUUUUUUCAUAUUUGUCCGUCUCUAAUGUUGUCCUCUUUUACUAGAUAAAACGAUAAAAAUAGUGUAAAACUUUAUUAUUUGAAUGAUUAAUUACAAGUUCAGUAAUAUUUAUCACAUUGCGCGUUUUCCUAUACAAAAAUAUUUACAAACAAAUUUUCUAAUUAUAAUUAUAAAAUGAACAAUGAAUAAAUCGUUUCAUUUUUUACAAAA